AUGGACAAUAAUUUAGAACACAAGUUACAGCCAUCUGAGCAGGAAUCUUAUGCAUUAAAUAAUAAACACGGCGCCAAUAACCAAAACGGCAAGUCCUACGAAUAUGCAGAAUUCAGAAAUUUUGAUACAAUAGACGUAGAAGUUAAAGACUCAUCUAAAACUUAUAACGUUGAUAAGCUUUGCUUAUCACGCGGCGUUACGAUCAAAAGGCUUCAAAAUGAGAACAAAAAAUUGAAAAACGAUUUGGAGAAAGCUGGUGUCGAUCUAGAAUCGUCUAGAAGAACGUUCGAAGCUGUAACCGGCGAGUUAAAGAAACAACUAGACGUGGCGCAGAAACGGGAAUCUGAAGGAAUAGCAGCGACGCUCGACUUGCGGUUGGAAAAUGAGAAAUUGCAUGUUUUAUUGGAAUCCAAGCAAAGUUUGGUAGACAAACUUAAGAAGGAGUUGUUGAAUGUGAAACAUGCGCUGAAGAUGGCGAUUAAAGACAUCUGCACCGUGUCCGGGGCGUCGCAGGGCUUCGAUGGUGGUCUCGAAGAUCGGCGUUCACAGAGCGCCCGGAGCUCGUGUCCCAGAAACUCCAAAGUCAAGGUCAAGGUCAGAUUCGCCGACAAUAACUCGGACUCUCUGAAGAACAGGCAAACUUAG